AUGUCUGCGGAUAUGGAGGCUGCCGUCAAGCUGUUCUUCUCGUCGCCGCGGUUUGCGGUCGCUGGCGCCAGCACCGAUGCCAGCAAGUUCGGCUACAAGAUCCUCGCGUGGUAUCAUGAGCACUCGCUGGCCGUCACUCCGCUGAAUCCGCGGGCGCCAUCGAUCUCGCUGCCGUCCAAGUCAUACACCACAGUGGCAUCCCCCUCCGACCUCCCGAUGCCUUCCCAGACGUCCCUCUCGAUCGUGACGCCGCCAAAGGUGACUAUCCAGGUCCUGCGAGAUGCAAACUCGGUGGGCGUACCGGCUGUGUGGCUGCAGCCAGGAACCUACGACGACGAGGUGCUUGAAUACGCCCGUGAGAACUUCAAGGCCGCCAUCGGGGGCCCCGGAGGACAGGGCAGCGAGGGCUGGUGUGUCCUCGUAGACGGCGAGGCUGGACUCGAUGCUGCUGGCGUCCAGUGGACUUCUCAAAAGCUGUGA